GGUGCAGACAUGAAACACCCUCUUCUUACCUCUUCUAAACUCAAAACCCACAACACCUCUCAAAAACAAACCUAGAAUUCUCCUGUUACACCAGCCGACACCCACCCUCUCCCCUUCUCCGGCGUUGACGUCUUCUCCGGCCACCCCUCGACUGCUCCGCCGUCCAGCCGCAUCCUCCUUCCUCAGCCGCAUCCUCCAUCGACAAAUACCACAGAAAGGGGUUUGGGAGGAGAGUAGGGGAAAAAAGGUUUGCAGAUGUAGGGUAAAGAGACGUGGUCCGCAGACUGCAGACCUUUUGCAUCUGAAAAAACAAACACCACCUAACUCUUUAUUUAAGUUUUGUGGUUGCACGGUGGUUCGUUCAUCUGGGAACAUUAGUUAGAAAGCGAUUCAGUUCCCGCCCAUCCUCCACAAUUCAAACUAGAUCUUCAAAUAACUUUUUCUUCUUAAACGCUCGGCCUUCAAUCCAUCAAUCAAGUUCAGGCUCCGAUUAAGCAUGAGUUCCCGUGCAGGAGAUAAGGCUGAUGAUCUCUGGUCCCAAAUUAUAGCAACUGAAUCGGAUGAACAACAACAACAGCAGCAAACCGCCAUUGUUUACAGACGCCAAACCCCCCAAAAUGAAACCCUACCAACCACGAAGCGUGCGAGUUCUAUUCGGAAGAAUAAUCGGGUGAGUUUGGCUCCAGGGAAGAGGAUCAGCUGGAACCGUUCCCUCUUCACCAGAGGGAGGACAAGUAUUGCUGUUGCUGUGUAUGAUAACUAUGGACCAGGAAAGGAGAAGCCAACAAGAAAAGAUAGACCUCCCCGUGCUAGAGCAAAAGGCGUAGGCGUACCCCCUCAAAACUAUGAAAAGGAGCGUGCAUACUUUCAGGAGGUGGAUGCAUUUGAAUUGCUAGAGGAAAGCCCAUCUCCUCAAAACAAAACCUGGGUUAUGGGCACCAAACAAUGCGUUCUUCCAUCACAUAUUUCAACAGUGUUGAACAAGUGGUUGCAAAACCGCAGCCGUGGUCCCUCUGCCUCACUUUCGAAGAUCUUAGAAACUCCACAGCUAUCUAGGGAUUCUGUUGGUGUUUUGGAUUUCUCUAGUCAAAACAAAUGUAGUUCAAGUCUCAUUGGUUCCAGUUCCGCAAACAGAAUUGAAGAAAUAGAAACAACAGCUGAAGAUUUAGGUUUUGCAAUUCGUAAUCUCUCUUUAUCAUCACAAGACUCUGGCUUGGAUGAACGAUGGGAUCCGUUAUUGGACCUAUUAAAAGUUUGUGGGCAGUCUUCUCCAUCAGCAUUUUCAGAUGUGCUAUCUCAGUAUUGUGACCUCCAAAGUAUAGCCAAGGUAGGUGAAGGUACAUAUGGGGAAGUUUUUAUUGCUGGUGGCACUGUCUGCAAAGUUGUUCCUUUUGAUGGAGACUCGUUAGUGAAUGGAGAAGUGCAAAAGAAAGCUGAAGAAUUACUUGAGGAAGUUAUGCUUUCCCUAACCCUCAAUGACUUAAGGGGAAAUGAUACUCAUAUUCAUAAUGUUUGUCCUACAUUCAUACAGACGUUAAGUUUAAGGGUAUGUGAUGGUGUUUAUGAUGAUGCGAUGAUUAGAGCGUGGGAAGAAUGGGACAAAAAGCAUUUUUCAGAGAAUGAUCAUCCUACGGAGUUUGCUGAGAAACAGCGUUUUGUUGUGUUUGUUCAAGAACACGGAGGGCAGGAUCUGGAGAGUUUUGUGCUACUGAACUUUAAUGAAGCACGCAGUUUGCUAGUUCAAAUUACCGGGGCUUUGGCGGUGGCAGAAGCUGCUUUUGAGUUUGAACACAGAGAUUUGCACUGGGGCAAUAUCUUGUUGAGUCGAAAAGGUUCUGAAACAUUGGACUUCAUUCUUGACGGGAAAAAAAUGCAUGUCAAGACAUACGGAUUAGCGGCAUCGAUAAUUGAUUUUACACUCUCCAGAAUCAAUACAGGCGAAAGUAUUCUUUUUUUGGAUCUAUCCUUGGAUCCAGCACUCUUUGAAGGCCCGAAAGGAGAUAUACAGUCAGAAACGUAUCGGAAAAUGAAACAAGUUACAGAAGAUUGCUGGGAGGGAAGUUUUCCGAAGACGAAUGUGCUGUGGCUGCAGUACCUGGUGGACAUUUUGUUGCAGAAGAAAGAUUAUGAUCGAACAUCUAGAGACGAGAGGGAGUUACGUUCAUUCAAAAAGCGUUUAAAUGGGUACAAGUCUGCAAAAGAAUCCGUGGUUGAUUCCUUUUUCAGUGAUCUAAUUGUUGUUAGUGAUGCAUAGAUUAUGUAAGGUUCAAGUCACUUUUAGCUUUGAAAAGAAUGUCAAGAAAAUAGAUUAUGUAAGGUUCAAGUCACUUUUGGCUUUGAAAAGAAUGUCAAGAAAGUAGAGAGUAAUUUGGAAUGGAUGAUGUGUAUGCAUUUGUAUAUCCACAUAUUGCUGACUUUCUUUAAGGUUGUUAA